AUGCCAGGCUCAGGAGGAGCAGACUUAAAGGGAGAAGAUUUCUCCACUGCCAUCCUAAAGCAGAAACACAGACCUAACAGACUCAUUGUGGACGAAGCUCUCAAUGAAGACAGCAGCAUUGUCAGCCUGUCACAGAACAAAACGGAGGAGCUGCAGCUCUUCCGGGGGGACACGGUGGUGUUGAGAGGGAGGAAGCGUCGCGAGACGGUGUGCAUUGUCCUGAAUGAUGACACCUGUGGGCAAGAAAGAAUACACAUUAAUCGUGUGACGCGCAGCAACCUGCGUGUCCGGCUCGGUGAUGUCAUCAGUAUUCAUGCCUGCCCUGACAUCAAGUACGGGAAAAAGAUCCAUGUCCUCCCUAUAGAUGACACCAUCGAGGGCCUGACAGGAAACCUCUUUGACGUUUUCCUAAAACCAUAUUUUCUGGAGGCUUACCGGCCCAUACAUACAGGUGACAUCUUCUUGGUGAGGGGGAGCAUGCGGGCGGUGGAGUUCAAGGUGGUGGAGACUGACCCCAGCCCUCACUGCAUUGUUGCCCCAGACACUGUCAUCUACUGCGAGGGGGAUCCAAUCAAGAGAGAGGACGAGGAGGAGAGCCUUAAUGACGUCGGCUACGACGACAUCGGAGGCUGUCGGAAGCAGCUUGCCCAAAUCAAAGAGAUGGUGGAGCUUCCUCUGAGACACCCUGGCCUUUUUAAGGCUAUAGGAGUUAAGCCCCCCAGAGGUAUCCUGCUGUACGGCCCUGCAGGCACAGGAAAGACCCUGGUGGCCCGAGCUGUAGCCAAUGAAACUGGUGCCUUCUUCUUCCUCAUCAAUGGUCCUGAGAUCAUGAGUAAGCUGGCGGGAGAGUCAGAGAGCAACCUAAGAAAGGCGUUUGAGGAGGCGGAGAAAAACGCUCCAGCCAUCAUCUUUAUUGAUGAGCUGGAUGCCAUCGCUCCCAAGAGAGAGAAGACCCAUGGUGAAGUGGAGAGACGUAUAGUCUCUCAGCUCCUGACCCUGAUGGAUGGCCUGAAGCAAAGAGCUCAUGUAGUUGUCAUGGCAGCUACAAACCGACCAAACAGCGUGGACCCUGCUCUGAGACGCUUUGGCAGGUUUGACCGGGAGAUUGAUAUUGGAAUCCCGGAUUCGAUUGGCAGACUGGAGAUUAUGCAGAUUCACACCAAAAACAUGAAAUUGGCUGACGACAUCGACCUGGAGAGGAUUGCCAAAGAGACCCACGGCCAUGUAGGCGCAGACCUGGCUGCUUUGUGCUCAGAAGCUGCCCUGCAAACAAUCCGCAAGAAGAUGACACUCAUAGACCUGGAGGACGAUUCCAUCGACGCCGACGUGCUCAACUCAAUGGCUGUCACCAUGGAUGACUUCGAGUGGGCUCUGAGUCAGAGCAACCCUUCAGCUCUGAGAGAAACCUUCGCGGAGGUGCCUCAGGUGAACUGGGAGGACGUCGGAGGACUGGACGAGGUCAAGAGAGAACUGCAAGAGCUCGUUCAGUACCCUGUUGAGUAUCCGGAAAAGUUCCUGAAGUUUGGUAUGACUCCAUCUCGUGGAGUAUUGUUCUACGGCCCUCCCGGCUGUGGGAAAACCCUGCUGGCCAAGGCUAUCGCCAACGAGUGCCAAGCAAACUUUGUCUCCAUCAAAGGACCCGAGAUGCUCACCAUGUGGUUUGGAGAAUCGGAGGCAAAUGUCAGAGACGUGUUUGAUAAGGCCAGACAGGCAGCCCCCUGCAUCUUGUUUUUCGACGAGUUGGACUCCAUCGCCAAAUCCAGAGGAGGCGGAGCUGGGGAUGGAAGUGGUGCGGCUGACAGAGUCAUCAACCAGAUACUCACAGAGAUGGACGGCAUGUCGGACAAAAAAAAUGUUUUCAUUAUUGGUGCCACAAACAGACCCGACAUCAUCGACGCUGCCAUCCUGCGGCCGGGCCGUUUAGACCAGCUCAUCUACAUCCCACUCCCUGACAAAUCAUCUCGCAUGGCAAUCCUGAACGCUAACCUGCGCAAGUCCCCUAUCGCACGGGAUGUGAACCUGGAUUACCUGUCUGGCAUCACAGAGGGUUUCUCCGGAGCUGACCUGACAGAGAUCUGCCAGCGGGCCUGUAAGCUGGCCAUCCGUGAGGCCAUCGAGGCCGAGAUCAAGGCUGAGCGUCAGAGGCAGAACAGACCAGACAUCCCCAUGGAUGAGGACUUUGAUCCAGUCCCAGAGAUCAGGAAGGACCACUUUGAAGAGGCGAUGCGAUAUGCUCGUCGCUCUGUCAGCGACAAUGACAUCCGCAAAUAUGAAAUGUUUGCUCAAACUCUGCAGCAGAGCCGAGGUUUUGGAAACUUCAGGUUCCCCUCUGAUACUGGCACCCAGUCUGAAGGUCAGGGGUCAGGCUCUGGUUCAGGGAGGCCAAAUCUGCACAGAGAGGAAGGCAAUGACGAUCUCUAUCAAUGA